AUGGCUAUCAAACUCGAUAUGAGCAAAGUCUAUGAUCGAGUUGAAUGGUCUUUUAUUGAGACUCUUAUGCUUCAGAUGGGGUUCAGUAGAAGGGUGGUGGAGUUAAUUAUGUUUUGUGUCUCUACUAUUACUUAUAAUGUCACUCAUGCGGGACAUACUAUGGGUCCAAUUUGUCUUGGAAGAGGUUUGCGACAAGGGGAUCCGCUAUCUUUGUACUUGUUCCUAAUUUGUGCAGAGGGUUUCUCGACCCUGUUGAAGAAAUAUGAAAGGCAUCAGUGGUUAACCAGGUGUAAAGUCGCUAGAGGUGCCCCAAGAGUUUCUCAUAUGCUUUUUGUGGAUGAUAAUUAUGUGUAUUGUAAGGCCAAUGGUAUGGAGGCUCAAAGAGUGAUGCAGUUUUUACAAAUGUAA